AUCAAUUGAAAGCUGCACCGCCGAUUUGUGCUUCGGUUGGUGUCGAUUAGGUUAGUGAGAAUUGUGAGAGGAGCUGAUGUUCAUAAACCAAGAUGGAUUUGUUGAAAGAGAGGCUUCAGGAACUUGCAGCCAAAGGACGUCUGUCGGAGGAAGAAAAGCAGAAACAGAAAGAAAAGGAAGACACCGAGGUUGAGAAGCUUUACACUGAGUGGAAGGGGAUGCAAAUCGAAGAUAGUGAUCCUUCUUUGAAAGUCAUUCCUCGAUUUUACAUGAAACUGCCGGACGAGGAGGAUGCUCUGCAGCAGAAGCUGCGCGAGGAGGCGCGCGCCGUGUUCCUGCAGCGGCGCAGCGAGCAGCUGCUGGAUAACGACGAGCUGAAGGCGCUGUACGUGGUGCUGGACGAGCAGCACACGCUGCCGCCGGACGGUGAGGAGAGCAUGCUCGGAUGGGAUGACUUCUGUGCGGCCGCUGAGCGAGCCGGCGACAAGUGCAAGCGGUACUUCACCCCGUUCGUCUUCGCCAAGCUGCAGCAGGACGAUCCAUAUGGCAGAAUCUGCAUGAUGUCCUUCUUCAACUACGUGAUGCGCAAAGUAUGGCUGCACCAGACCAGGAUCGGCCUGUCGCUGUAUGACGUUACCGGAGAGGGCUACCUGCGGGAAACAGAUCUGGAGAACUACAUUUUGGAAAUGAUUCCAACAUUGCCACAACUGAACGGCCUCGAGAAGUCGUUCCACAACUUCUACGUCUGCACGGCGGUCAGGAAGUUCUUCUUUUUUCUCGAUCCGCUACGCACGGGGAAGAUUAAGAUCCAGGAUGUGUUGGCGUGCAGCUUUCUCGACGAGCUCCUUGAGUUGCGUGACGAGGAGCUCAGCAAGGAGGCGCAGGAGUCCAACUGGUUCUCGGCGCCGUCAGCGCUGCGCGUGUACGGCCAGUACCUGAACCUCGACCGCGACCAUAACGGCAUGCUCAGCAAGGCUGAGCUGGCCCGGUACGGCACCGGCACGCUGACGUCGGUGUUCAUCGACCAGGUGUUCCAAGUGUGUCUGACCUACGACGGCGAGAUGGACUACAAGACGUACCUGGACUUCGUCCUGGCACUGGAGAACCGCCGCGAGCCGCAGGCGCUGCAGUACCUCUUCCGCAUCCUGGACGUGCAGCAGAGCGCCUCACUCAACAUAUUCGCCCUCAACUACUUCUUCAGGGCCAUCCAGGAGCAGCUGAAGGCGCACGGCCAGGAGCCAGUGCCGUUCGAGGACAUCAAGGACGAGGUGUUCGACAUGGUGAAGCCGGCCGACCCGCUCAAGAUCACCCUGCAGGACCUGAUCAACUGCGGCCAGGGUGACACCGUGGUCAGCAUCCUCAUCGACCUCAACGGCUUCUGGACCCACGAGAACCGGGAGGUGCUGGUCGCCGAGGGUGAAGACCCGACCGCAGCGCUGCUCGCCGACAAGUGACCGCGCGGCGAAGCUGCAGUACGGCGAUGACCGAUAGAUGGCUGUGCUUUGUCGUAGGCAGUUGAAGAGGGCUGGGAUUCACGUCUAAUGAUGUUAAAUUCCAAACCUGGCGUUGUUUUGUUGCUCUUCCAGACUCUCGAGGACGUCACCGUAUCGCAUGGUCAUAUGCUUGCAUAACUUGAACUUGGUUACGUUAUUAGUUGAUGGCGUGUGGGUUUGACUGCGUACCUGUGCCGCCGGCUAGCGAUUGCCUCCCUGACAUCCAUUAUUCAUGCCUUGUGGCCUCUGAGAAGUUGUGAGAUACAACAAGAUCUUCCAUGUGAUAGCUCUCCGCUCCGUCCGUCGUAAGGUUUUCAUUGCGUGCCGAACAUGUGUACCACUUUGUGGUGUCACUUGUCUAUUAUGUCUACCAUUGGUGAGAAUUAUACUGGCUAAGUGCAGGCAUAUCACAUGAUCUCAGAUUUGAUGCGGUUGUCGCUUGUAAACUAUGUGGUAUCGGAUCUAUACAUCACUGCAUCGCCAAGCUGAGGAAGGAAAGUGACUGUUGGCACUGAUGUUGGGAAGGCAUAGGGCGAGUCCUCUGCAGACAUUAGUGGGGCGUCUUUGUACAUUUGUCAGAGUGUUGUCUGGCGUUCAGAUUUGUUAAAUGCAGGUCAAGUAGCAACUG